CCGACGGCGGCACCUCCGAGGAGGUCAUGCAGAUCGACGUGGAGGUGGAGGAGCCCGGCGACCCGCCGGCCGCCCAGCUGGUCACCUGGCAGGUGGAGUACCCGGGUGACGUCACGUCCGACCUGGGGGUCUCCGAGAUCUACGUGAGGCAGAAGGACUUGAUCGGCGUCAUCCCUCUGGCCAUGGAGGCGGACAUCCUGAACACGGCCGUCCUCACGGGCAGGGCGGUGGCCGUCCCGGUGAAGGUGGUGUCCGUGGAGGAGGACGGCGCCGUGGCGGCCCUGCCGCAGUCGGUGGAGUGCAGGUCGUCGGACGAAGACGUGAUCAAGGUGUCGGACCGCUGUGACUACGUCUUCGUCAACGGCAAGGAGAUGAAGGGCAAGGUGGACGCGGUGGUGACCUUCAGCUACCAGCACCUCAGCGGGGCCCUGGAGAUGACGGUGUGGGCGCCCCGGCUGCCGCUGCACAUCGAGGUCUCGGACGCCGAGCUCAACCAGGUCAAGGGCUGGAGGGUGCCCGUCGUCCCCAGCGGCAGGCCGGCUCCGGACAGCGAGGAGGAGGAGGACGCGGAGCGGCGGGGGCGGGGCUGCGCCCUCCAGUACCAGCACGCCAUGGUGCGUGUGCUGACGCAGUUCGUGGCCGAGUCCGCCGAGCCCGGGGGUCACCUGGCCCACCUGCUGGGCUCCGACUGGCAGGUGGACGUCACGGAGCUGGUGAAGGACUCCAUGCAGGUGGAGGAGCCGCGGGUCGCCCAGCUGCACGAGGGGCAAGUGCUGGUUGGCCGGGAGCUCGGGAUGACCACCAUCCAGGUCCUGUCCCCGCUGUCGGACGCCAUCCUGGCUGAAAAGACCAUCACGGUGCUGGACGAGAAGGUGACCAUCACCGACCUCGGGGUGCAGCUGGUCUCAGGGCUGACGCUGUCCUUGCAGCUGAGCCCGGGGAGCAACAGGGCCAUCUUCGCCACCGCCGUGGCCCAGGAGCUCCUGCAGAGGCCCCAGCAGGAGGCGGCCCUCAGCUGCUGGGUGCAGUUCAGCGACGGCGCGGUCACGCCCUUGGACAUUUACGACGGGAAGGACUUCGCCUUGGUGGCCACCUCCUUGGACGAGAAGGUGGUCUCCGUCCGCCGGGACCCCAGCUCCGGGUGGCCCGUCGUGGCCGCCGCGGAGUCCGAGGGGCAGGGCGCGCUGGUGAGGGUGGACAUGCUCAUCAGCGAGUCCUGCCAGAAGUCCCAGCGGAAGAGCGUGCUGGCCGCCGGGACCGCCCCCAUCCGGGUGAGGUUCAGCCAGAGCGACGCCAGCCCCAACGCCAGUGACAGCGGACACGCGGGCGCGGGCGGGCGCCCCGGCGGCGACGGCAGGGACGGGAGGCCCCGCCAGCCCUCGCAGGAGUGGGGCGGCCGCGAGGGCCCGUCCCUCAGCAGCCCCUCCGUGGGCACCAUGGGCGGGGGACGGGCCACGACGGAGAGGUCCAGCUUCCCGAGGAGGCCCGGGCAGGAGGGCCUCUCCGACGGCCUCGGCGGCCGGCAGCCCGAGCCCCCCAGCCGUGCCCACGUCCCCACGCAGGGGGGGCGCGUCCCCGGAAGCCCUGGGGACGGGGAGGAGAGCGGCCUCCCGCAGGCCUCCCGGGGGCUGAGCGACCUGGAGAUCGGCAUGUACGCGCUGCUGGGCGUCUUCUGCCUGGCCAUCCUGGUCUUCCUGUCCAACUGCGUGGCCUUCGCCUGGAAGUACCGGCGCAAGCGGGAGCCCCUCCCGGAGCAGGAGGGGCUGAGCCACCCCCACGACUGGGUGGGCCUGAGCGGCCGGGCAGAGCUGCUGGGGAGCCACACCGGCUUCCCGUCGUCCCCGGGCGAGCGCGUGGCCGCCGUGGACAGCGGCCUGGACCUGGAGGAGAGCAAGUUCCUGCUGGGCACCGGCUCCCAGCACAGCCUGGGCGGGCAGCUGUUUGCACCCUCGGGGCCCACUGGCGAGGACAGGGACCGUCCCAGGGGCGAGCCCCCCGCGUCCCCCACCUCCAAGAGGAAAAGGGUGACGUUCACCACCUUCACCGCCACCCCCUCGGAGGACAGGGGCCCCGCCGUGCACGCCACGGGGUCGGGCGGCGAGGACCGCGAGGACUGGGUCUGCCCGGCCCUGCCCCCCGGGGACAGCCCCCCGGCCAGGCUCCGGGACGGCGUGUAAGCCGGUGGGCAUGGACGGUGGCUCUCCCGUGCCUUCCUGCCU